AUGGCGGACGACACUGCCUACGCUCCAAAGUCGCCAGACCUCUCUUCCUUUUAUUCGGCAGCACCCGCCCCGCCUACACCUCCACAGCACAAUCUGCAGCACCACCAGCAGCACCUGGACCUGAGCAAACUGCAAACUUCAGGACCUGCGCCGCCGGUAUAUGAAUACUCCUCGUCCCCGUCGCGCGCCUACCAACCUCACCAGCCGACUUCUACUCCUGUACACAUCAAACAGGAGCAGCCCCACUACCCGCCCUCUACGGCAUUCAAGUCCGAAUAUUCCUCUUAUCAGCCACCCGUGCAGCACAUCCACCCGCACCACCAGCAUUACCAUCAACCGCACCAGCAGUACCUGUCACCGCAGUCCAACCACCAGCCGCCGCAGCCACCACCACAGCAACAGCAGCAGCCUUCUCCGCAGCAACCCCCACCAAGUCCAUAUGGGCAGCAACCCGUUAAAUAUCAAGAUCAGCCUCAACACCAGUAUCAACCGCCAGCACCCCAGAGCCACCAAUACGUAGAGAAAAAACAGUACGGCACAACGCCCAAUCUCUACGACAUUCCGUACAAUCCAAAUUUCGACAAUCAAGCUUUGCCCCAGACACCAGGUUCUGCCACCAUGCCUCCAAGGAAGAACACACAGUCGGCUCCCUCGCCGCCGCCAGUCGAAUCCUCUCCAGUUCGGACCAAGUUCCCCACUGCCAGGAUAAAGCGCAUUAUGCAGGCCGAUGAGGAAGUCGGCAAGGUGGCUCAACAAACGCCCAUCGCCGUUGGCAAGGCCCUGGAGCUGUUUAUGAUUGCAGUUGUCAGUAAGAGCGCAGACAUCGCCAAGGAGAAGAACUCCAAGCGUGUGACGGCACAGAUGUUGAAGCAAGUCAUCGAAAGAGACGGCCAAUAUGAUUUCUUGGCCGACAUUGCCCUCAAGGUCGGCGACGAAGAGAAGAGGGGUGGCCGCUCCAAGGCCGACACAGAGAGUGAGGAGGAAAUGGAGGUUGAGACGAAGAAGAAGGGCAAGGGUGGUCGCAAGAAGAAGGCCACGUGA